GCCCCUCAGCUCUGCAUAAUUACAGCACGAGCUCACCAUUAAUUACCUAGCAAUGCAAUACAUCAUUAGGUAUAUCACCGAUCAGCUUUGCAACCUGAGGCUUUGGGGGGGUGGCACUUUGGGCUGUGUCACACACAGAGGCAUCUCGGGGCUCGUGGGAUUAAAGCUCUGUUACAGUUCCUCUCUGGGGGUGGGAGGGAGAGCUCGGUAUUCUUUUUGCUUGUGCCUUAGCCUCUGCCUUCCUGCCCAUCCGCACGUUUGUCUGCACUGCUCGCAUGCCUUUACACGAACCCAAAGCUCGUACUCGCUCAUUUUUCAUGUGGGUGUAAGAUGUACACAGACUCGUGCGCGAAGGUUUGUAUAAAGCAUAAACAAAGGACUGGAUAACACCAGUGCCUGUGCGACUGAGAGUCCCGGCUCCUGCAGGAGGUACCAGGUGUACCAGGUCCCGCUCUGCAGCCACCCAUCAGCUCCACGCAGUCAGAUGGGGCUUUGCUCUCGCGAGGAGCUGGCGCUGCGCAGGUACAAGAGAGAUGAUUCAUGCUGAGGUCCUGUUGGCGUGCCUUGGGCUGCCAGCAGUGAGGACUGCAGCAUCCCGUGGUUUUCGGGUGGCUGGGAUGAGUUGGUGCUGUGAUUCUGACAGGGAGCCACGCAGCACCGUGGAGCUGAGCUGAGAGCUGCGUGUGCAUAGCAGCAUGGUGCUGGAAGCUUGUCCCUAAACAGGACUCCCUGCGCACUAUUCUGAAUGCACUGCCAUGAUGAUGCUAGCUUAGCAACUGUAGAAUAAAUCAGGUGGAUGGCAGCUCGUGACGUGACCGAGCGGUGCUGAGGGCUGUAGAUCGUGAAGCGAUUCCUGCUGCUUGGAGAAAGCAGAGGUGUUUCAGAGUGACCCGGGAAGGUUCCCUGCAGCAGAGGAGCGGUGAGCGCCCUCGGAGCGCGUUGGGACAGCCGGCACCGCUCCUGCUCUUCCCGGGCAGUUCGUUCCCACGCAGUCCGUUUCGUGUGUUGCUCCUGCCUGCGAACACACACCCCCUGAAAGUUGGACUCAUGCAUCUUAGUAAGUAUUUCAGUUAUGCUAUUGACGUCAAUGCAGUCAUUAAAUAGAUUGCCGGCCCUCCCAUCGGCAAACCUGUGCCAAAGACCUAGAGGCAGGCACAUUUUAAAAGAAGAACAUCAGGUUUUCUUUUAGCAAUUGGAGAGAAUGAGGGAAAAGUUUUUCCGAAGUCGCUGGGCUUUGCGAUUCUGAGGCUUCUUCUUUUUCCCUUCUCUUCUGAAGCCUCCGUUGGUGCGCAGAUAAUGGCCCCGUUUUAUUUAACACACCGUUGUGCCCCCGCACACGUAAACAACUCCAAAUGAGGCCAAAGAGUGAUUUUUUGGGAUCAGCUCCGGCUGAAAAGUGACACCCGCUUUAGGUCUCCCGGCUAGAUUUAUUUGUAGAUCAAGUAGCAGAAGGUAUCCGGGCAAACCUGCUUAGCCUUUGACUCCAGAAAUUCUGAGAGGAUAGAUUUCAUGACAUCUAUAUAAGAAAAUAGCCCUCGUUUCUCCUCGGCAGGCUCUGAAGACACACAAGCCGAUUGCGGCUCCAUAGCAACAGAUGAAAACUGUUUUCCCCACUGCCCCACCUGCGAGUGUCACAUGAAGAUGCUCCACGUGCUGCUGCCAUCAGCAGCCUGUCACUCGGGGCAGCUGCCGCCCGCGGUGCCGGCGGGGCUCCCCGUGCUCACACACCCCUGCGUGCGGGGCGGUCCCACUCCUGCCCACAUCCCACCUGCCCCGGGUCAGGCGGGGGCUCCGAAGGGGCUUUGUGUAUGGGGUGUCCUCACACGGGUGCGGGGAUCCUUGGACGGGAUAGCAGAGGAGCCCUACCAGAAGCUGGCCAUGGAGACGCUGGAGGAGCUCGACUGGUGCCUGGACCAGCUGGAGACCAUCCAGACGUACCGCUCCGUCAGCGAGAUGGCCUCCAACAAGUUCAAGAGGAUGCUGAACCGCGAGCUGACGCACCUCUCCGAGAUGAGCCGCUCCGGCAACCAGGUGUCCGAGUACAUCUCCAACACCUUCCUGGACAAGCAGAAUGAUGUGGAGAUUCCUUCUCCCACGCAGAAAGACAGAGAGAAGAAGAAAAAGCAGCAGCUCAUGACCCAGAUCAGCGGAGUGAAAAAAUUAAUGCAUAGUUCAAGCUUAAAUAAUACCAGCAUCUCACGAUUUGGUGUGAAAACAGAAAAGGAAGACCAUCUGGCCAAGGAGCUGGAAGAUCUGAAUAAGUGGGGUCUGAACAUAUUUAAUGUUGCCAGGUAUUCCCACAACAGGCCGCUCACCUGCAUCAUGUACGCCAUAUUUCAGGAGCGAGAUCUACUGAAGACAUUCAAGAUCUCAUCAGAUACCUUUGUGACGUACAUGAUGACAUUGGAAGACCACUACCAUUCGGACGUGGCAUACCACAACAGCCUGCAUGCUGCUGAUGUCGCCCAGUCCACCCACGUUCUCCUCUCCACCCCUGCACUGGAUGCUGUCUUCACCGACUUGGAAAUCCUCGCUGCUAUUUUUGCAGCUGCGAUUCACGACGUGGAUCACCCCGGUGUCUCCAACCAGUUUCUGAUUAACACAAAUUCCGAGCUGGCGCUGAUGUACAACGACGAGUCCGUCCUGGAGAACCACCACCUGGCAGUGGGCUUCAAACUGCUGCAGGAGGAGCACUGCGACAUCUUCCAGAACCUGACCAAGAAGCAGCGGCAGACGCUCAGGAAGAUGGUGAUCGACAUGGUACUGGCAACAGAUAUGUCCAAGCACAUGAGCCUGCUGGCAGAUCUGAAGACGAUGGUGGAAACUAAGAAGGUGACCAGUUCAGGAGUGCUCCUGCUAGACAACUACACGGACAGGAUACAGGUUCUCCGAAACAUGGUACAUUGUGCAGACUUGAGUAAUCCCACAAAGUCCCUGGAGCUGUACCGGCAGUGGACGGACAGAAUCAUGGAGGAGUUCUUCCAGCAGGGAGACAAAGAGAGGGAAAGGGGAAUGGAAAUCAGCCCCAUGUGUGACAAACACACAGCGUCGGUGGAAAAAUCACAGGUCGGGUUCAUCGACUACAUCGUGCACCCGCUGUGGGAGACAUGGGCUGACCUGGUGCAGCCGGACGCACAGGACAUCCUGGACACUCUGGAGGACAACAGGAACUGGUACCAGAGCAUGAUCCCACAGAGCCCCUCACCCCCACUGGAGGAGCGGGGCCAGGACUGCCCCGGCCUGAUGGAGAAGUUCCAGUUCGAGCUGACCUUGGAGGAGGAGGAUUCGGACGGGCCCGAGAGGGAAGGCGAGAGCGUCGGCUACUUCCACAGCAAGAAGAUGCUGUGCACGGGCAGCCCGGGGCAGGAGGACGUGCAGCGGGAGGCGAACAUAGAAAUUGUGACAGAGGACACGUCUCCCGUUGACACAUAAUGCCCUGCGCCUGUGUAAGUGGAUUGGAAACGCUUAACGAGCACGCAAGCGGUCUGGUGGGACUCGCCUGCAGCCUGGGCCUUGGGCCUGUGCCUGACAUUGGCUGACGGAUCUCCGGGUCCGUGGGGCCGUCGGGGCUCCGUGCUGAACAAUGGCUCAGGAAACGCCGUGAGUGAUGCUGGGGUGGCCGCGCGAGCUGCGGGCGCCGCGUGGCCGGGGGCUGCGGGCGCCAACACCGAGCGGCCCAGCGCGCGGCGGAGAGAUUGCGCACUGUUCGCUCCGGGACUCCAACCCGCCGGGCUGAUAGAAACUACUGAUCCAUAACUCUGCGUGUAGAACCUGCCCGCCCCACCGCCUGUCUGCAGACCUGUGUGCCUUCUUUGUAAACGCCCUCAUGUCUUUUCGAGAUCUGUUCGAUACACGGAGUUCAGUGUGAGCAGCGGCACCGAGUGUUCGGGAACCGACGGAUCCUUUUUGAUUCUUCCUGUUACAAGAAGCAGUCUUCCUUUUUCCGCGGGCAAUACCUGUCACUUUAUUGCGGUUAAUCACUUUUCCAGACUAAGAGAAGGGAUUCCCUCUGUUUUUGCAUUACGGCACUUUUAAUUAGUCUUCUGAAGGCCCCCCUCGUUGCCUGCCCCUCUGCCCGGGGUGGCUGCGGCGCAGUGGCACGCAAACACCUUCGUGUUCCGCCUUCCCUUCGUUUAGGCCCACCGUCCUCCUCCUCCCGCACUGCCUUGAGCUCUAACACCUCCAUUACUGUUUAUAACAGUGUAUUUAUUACGUAAUGUAUAUACUGUAAUGUUUUGUAAGUUAUUAAUUUAUAUGAAUUAGCAUUGCCUGUCGGCGGCGAUGUUAAUUGUGUAGAAGACUCGGAAUAAGAGUUGCCUUUUAUUUUUCCUUGUUUUUGUUUUUGUUUUUGUUUUCUCGUAACCUUUUGUAUUGCAUAAAGUACAAAACCUGAACACAGCUGAAGAGACAUACGCAACCCAGGGGACGGGGCGGAGGUGGCCGCGUCCUGCCCCAGCCUCCCGACAACCCAAUGUGAACCUCUAUGACAAAAAUGUGAACUGAUGUAAUAAUUGUGCUGUGAAACUCCUCCUGACGACGCCGUUGGGCACGGCGAGCGGUGCCACUCAGUUUGUAACAUACGUUUUGAGCUUUCUGGUCCAACUCGUGACAACUAGUUAAUGACAAUAGCACAGUUGUGCAUGAUCAAUGGGUGUGUAUGUCUGUCGAACACUGCAUUGUUCCAGGUGGUUAUUUUCUUGUUUUCAAAAGUUUCACACGACGUAUGUUAUAGUAUUAUAUAUUGUGUUCAGAUGCAUUCUUAAGAGAUUUUUAUAUGAAGUGAAUAAAUGAAUGCAUGACCCUGUC